CCAUGAGAUGCAGUAAAUGCGGAAUGAAUGUUGAUCAAUAUGAAAAAUAUUAUUUUUAUGUUGUUUGAGCCUUUUAUCAUUUCGAUUCAUAAUUUUCUCCUAUCCUUAGUAUGACCAAUCUUUCUUCCAUGGAUCCUUGGAUUAUGUGAUAAGCGAGCAGGUUCCUGAAGUAUCAUUUCCUUUGUUAAUACUUCUAAUAUUCACUUGUACUAAUGAGCCUUCACCGAAAAAUUUUCCUACCUUUCACCUCCUAAGUGCAUGCUGUUUGAUUAUUUUAUAUUAGGGGAGAAGAUUCUCAGGGUCUGAAAAAGUAAUGUUUCUUACUCUGAUGUAGAAAUCUCGCCAAGCCUACGAUUUUUACUCGUCAAACCUGAUUCUACCAUGACCAACGACACUCAAUGCAACACUAGAGAAAGUCCUUUGUUCUCCUGGACUGACUGGAGUUGUAGAAAAAUUGCGGGAAUUUGGAAAACGAAUGGAUGAGAAAGAAAAGUACGUCAUCAUCAUCUGGGAUGAAAUGAAUUUGCAAUUACACGUUCAGCAUGACAAGAGGUCUGACACACUUCUGGGCUUCGAAGAUUGGGGGUACAGACGUACUCCUAAUUUUGCAGAUCAUACUCUGAUCCUGUAUGUAGAUCACACCUGACCUGAAACAGUGCAUAAAAUUCGUUACCGAACAGGUACACAAAGCAGGCUUCCAUGUGAAAGUUUCUGUUUGUGACCAGUCUUCUUCAAACAGGAUAAUAAUAAAUGAGCUUACCGCCGAGUCGAAUAAAAUCCGAAAGGCUAAAGGAGAUCGUGACCGUUUUGUUGGUGCAUUUGACGUCGAGCCUAUCAAAAAAGAUGAAGCCGUGAACAUAGCACGAGCUUUGAGGCUAUUUAAUGAUAUUUUCGACUCCUUCAAUGGAAAACUACCACCGACAGCUAGUAAUCCAUCACUCAGGAGUAUUGUUUUCUCCGACAGCCCACACCAUGAGUUCUGGGAUCAAGCUUUAUGCGAACUACGUAGAAUGCGUUAUAUCGAUCCUGUUUCGCGUUCGAAACCAAAAAACCCAGAUUACGCGUUAUCAGGAAUCAUCAUGACAAUCGAAGCACUUCAAAAGUUGUGGGAGUUCCUACAAACAAAAGGAUUUACUGAACUCAUUGCCAAACACAUAAGCCAGGAUAUUCUAGAAAAUUUCAAUGGGGGUAUCCGUUCAUAUGGAGGUCUCCGCUCUAGUCCUUCGUGUUGGCAAUUUAUGGGAAACUAUAGAGCAUUGCUCAUAUCAAAUUUAUCAAAGGUAAAAAAAAAUGGAUUUAACUGUGAACAAAGUUGUGACGGGGAUCUUCUAUUUACACUUGAGGGUUUCAUAACAGAAGAUCGUCUAGAGGCAGCUGAAGGCCCCAGGAUCAUAGUAGCUGUGGAUAAAGAAGAUGAACUUCCAGCUUACUUCACAGAUACUCAGAUUGCUCGUCUCAGUGGUGAGGAGGAACUAGAAACUAAUCUCACUGAUUCUGCUGAUAAAAUUAAAGAAAAAUUAUUGCGGAAUCCUUUGUUGAAAGAAAUUAUUGACGACUGCUGCAACUGUCGACGAGGAUUUCUGAGACCACAAGCAAGCAAUAACAAGAAAUCAAAUUUCGACAUAAUAUGCCAACAAAUACAUAAGUGUUUAUUCAUAAUAAUAACGAAAGUAUAUUUUUGGCAAUCGAUAACGACAGUGUUGAUAAAGAGGGUAUUGGAUGAUGUUAAGGACACCUGGUUAUUCUGUGAACGCAGUGACCAUCGUAGGUCUCUCCACCACGAAAUCGUGAAAAUCUCCACGGAACGCUUCAUUCCAAAUUGGGUGACUAUGAUAAACAGGCACUUGAUGGGGACAGCCAACAACAUGAGGGAUUAUCCCGGGUGUCAGCAGGCUGUUCAAAUGUAUGAGAGGACCCACUCACGUACUUCAAAAAAAAACCUCCCGGUGGGAUAUAUUCCUUUCACUUAUCAACUUAUUUUUUUUUCUCAAAUGGGCUACCCUAAAUGCCACUUAUUAAACUGGAGUUGA